AGCUGAGUUUUUAAAUCAAUCACAUUAUAACAGUAUGGAGACAUGAAGAACAUAAUAUCGAAUGCGUCAGUUUUAUUACUUUUAUCCUAUGCUCAAAUUUCAGAGAGUUUGUCGAAAAUUUCCAUUGCUUUAAAGCCUUAUCAGUAUCAAUAUGUCGACCCAAAUUAUAAUUAUCCAAAAGCGUCUGAAACACCUGUAGCAAGUCCAGAAAAUGAGAUUCCAGCGUUUCGAACUUUUGAGCUCCCAAAAGAACCAAAUGAGCCGGAGGGAUCAAUUAACUUUCGAACGCUUAAUAAUAUUGAAAAUACUGCAACUAUUAUACCGGCAAGUGUAAAACCAAUAAUUCCAAAAAAAAGAAAAACAAAGCGAAAACCACGUCGAAAACCGAAGAAAAUGCAUUUACGCCGUGUAUUCAAAACGAGGCUAAUAACUACGACGCCUCGUCCUGUUUCUAUAAAUGAAAUUCGAAUAGAAGAGGAAACCAUGGAAACAACAACAAAUGUGAUAAAUCUAGCGCCGAUUUUCGACGCCCAAACCGGUACUUCUUACACUGCAGCGGAGCUUAAUAGGAUAUGUUCCGAAACUGUGAAUGUGAGCAAAGGAUUCGGAAUAUCUGAUAUUGAAAGUUUCGCAAAAAAUAAUUGUUUUUUGAUUCGAUUGUAUUACCCUGAUGUAACAUGUUCUCAAAUCAACCAACUAGUCGGAUAUUGUAAAGAAAAUGGUCUAAUAAAUGGCUAAUAAGUUG